GGGAAAUGUUCCAUCCAGAUGUCUGCUUCCCCAUAUCGACGUUGGUUGUUGAAGCAAGCAUGAGAAAUCCCGUUGCUUGUGUUUCGUGUCGCAGCGCAAAGCAGAAAUGCAUCCACAAUGACGCCCCUCCGUGCGACCGCUGUAAGGCGACUGGCCGCUCCUCGCAAUGUGAAUUCCCUGCGCCAGGGACAAGCGCAAUUCAUCGACGACCAAAACGACCGCGACAGGAGUCCUCGUCCAUCACUACUCCUCCGGGCGCAUCAUCAGCAGUCACUCCCACCCAGCCCCCAGGUUCUGGGCAUCAGGCCAGUGUCUUUCGUAACGACGCGCCGACCGGCACCACAACCUCCCCCACCAAUGCCGUAGCCCACACGCCGAACGCAUCCUCAACGGCAUCUCUGCUCGACGGCCUAGACCCCUUUGAGCUCCUAACCGAUGAGGUCAAGAACAGUUAUCUUCGAUGUUCAUACAAAUGGAGCUUCCAUCAUACUCCAACUUUGCUGUUGCGGAUCCGUGAUAGGACGUUGGAAGAAUGGAUGGCCUGGGCAAUCCUCGCGCUGGCCAUUCGAUUCGUAAAGGAACCUCCGGCACCCUUUAGGAGCCAGAAGGAAGCCAGCGAUGCCUUCGCCGCACAUGCCCGACAGAUCCUCCAGUCUGACCUCGAGACCCCGAGUAUAAGCCGCGUACAAGCGUUGUUGAUGUUGACGGGACAUGAUUGGGGCGCUGGAAAUGGUCGAAGGGCUUGGAUAUACUUGGGGAUGGCCAUAAGACUGGUGGAGGUGAUGGACCUAUGUCGAGAGCCGGAUAUGCCCAAGAAUCGUAAACCCACCCGUGAGGAAUUCAUCGAGGCCGAAGUGCGCCGCCGGACGGCCUGGACUUGUUUCCUCAUGGACUCGCUGCUCAGUGGUGGGAAGGGGCGUAAAAGAUCCCUCACCGCCGCGGAUAUGGCCAUACAAUUGCCCUGUGAAAAAGAGAACUUCGUUUUCGGAGACCCAGUGUGUGUUGAACAUCUGGAUGGAACAUUGAAAAUGCCGUCAAUGACGCAGAAUGUCGGCGAGCUGGGCAUAAUAGCUUACAGCAUGCGUGCUGCAAACAUAUGGGGGCAGGUGGCACGAUGGGCUUGCUCAGAUGUUGUGAACAGAGAACUGCCCUGGUCUCCAACCUCCGAGUUCCAGAAACUCAUCUACAGUCUUGAGCAGUGGAAACACUCUCUUCCGGCUCGACUCCAGUACGAGCUCUUUUCACUGCACUCCCACAACGCCGUGGAUCAAGGACAAGCAUUUUGCUACAUGCAUAGCAUCUACUUCAUGAGCUAUAUGUUCCUCCAUCGAGCAUACCUACCUGUACUGGGGCCUCAGAGCGGCAACGAUGAAGUGCCUAAAUCCUACGAGGAGCACGCGGCAAUGUGGAAAAAUUGGCAGCGGACUUCGAGGAAAGAGCUAUUUAGAGAGUCCACCAUGGUGUUAGAGAUGCUUGAUGAGAUGCGGAGAUUCGGUGUCUACUUUCUUCGAGGUUUGGUGCCGUGGAUUGGCUUCACCAUCUACACCGCGGUGGGUGUCAUGCUGUAUAGUUUCAACUUUCCGAGCAACGAGGACGAUCCUCGACUCGCGGAGAAGGCUCGAGAGCGUGUGAUCCAGGGGAGUACCUUCCUCAAAGAAAUGAAAACACAAUGGCCCAUGGCUGAAACUUGGUUCGAAACGAUCAAACGAAUGCAGGCUUAUUAUCGAUCCGCUACGGGUCAGGAUGCACCGGUCUCACCUGAUGAGCGCCAGGUACUCAAGCGGGCCAUGGUCGAUUAUGGUGCAUUGCAGCCGUCGCCUGUCCAUAGGCCUGCCGAUUCUAAACCAGCCGAUUCAACUGUGAAUGGAGGUACUCCACGUGAGCAACCCCCUGCCCUAUCAACGCCUUUUUCACCACAGGUAUCACACCCCGUUCCGGCAACGAACGGCUAUGGUUCUCAACACAAUGGCCAAUCCACGUAUUGGAAUGGGCAGCACUCAGUUCCACCCCUUGAGGCUGAUGAUAACUUCAACUUCGACUUCGAUUUCUCCAACGCCGAUAUGGAGGCCAUGAUGAUGAAUGCUACACAGGACUUCUGGGCUUCAUUCCCCGGCGAAGUGGGAGUUGAUCCAUAUUCGUCAUAAUAAUUUUUCGAAGUCGCCUUGGGUUGCUGGCGUCCUAUCCUCACUUCGUGUAUUGAAGAUUAUAUUAAGGCUGCUAACUGUAUUUUCUCUUUUUUUUCUUAUGAACAUCCGCUUCGGCGUUCUUUAUCUUUUUGAUUUUAUCAAGCCAGCCGAUCUAAUACCAAAUAUGACCGAAUAUGACAUCCAAUAUCAUGAUUACGAUCAGCCAAUGAAAUCCCCUGCAUAAGUUCGGCAAAUUGGGUUUCGGCAUGCGGCAUCUGUGGGACUUGUGCAACAUUCGGCAAGUUGGGGUGGCGUCGUGCAAGAAUAAUGAACACCUCGUGUCAAUCAUACUCGUAUAUUAUAUCAUUUUCAGC